ACGUGCGCAAGUCACACCGCGUCCGUGACAACCCUUUUCGCGUUGCUUCAUCAUGGUCGACGCGGAGACCGAGGUGCUAUGCCUGCCCACUCCAGGGGAAUUCCCCGCCUUUCCAUACUCGCCACCCUACCCUAUUCAGGUCGAACUCAUGCGACAUCUCUAUACGUCCAUCGAGCAGAGCAAGGUGACGAUCGUUGAAAGCCCUACUGGGACCGGCAAGACACUCAGUCUGCUCUGCGCCAGUCUCACAUGGCUGAGUGAUGAGAGGAACCGUGCCAGAAAGGGAAUACUGGACUCGUUGGGGACAGAGGCGGAGGCUCGCACUGACUGGGUCCUCGCACAAACCCGGGAGCGAAGAGCCAGAGACCUCGAAGCGGAAGAGUCUGCGUAUAUGGAGCGCCUGCAGAACGCGAGGAAGAAGGAAGGACGCAUGCGCAGGAUGGCGGCAGCGCGAGUACAUAAGAAACAGAGAUUCGCUGUGUCGUUAGGCAGCGAAGACUCGGACGACAUGUAUCUCCCCGACUUACAAGACCCCGAGGAUAAUAUAUCGCCGGAGGUACGUGCGCUGAUGGCUCGGUUCGAGAAGUCCAGAAAUGGACUCGAUCGUGAUGAAGAGGAGGUGCCGACGUGUACAAAGAUCUACUAUGCCUCGCGAACGCACUCUCAGCUUACUCAGAUUGUCCCGGAACUGCUCCGGCUGAAGCUACAGCCUGUGACAACAUCCGCACCAGCAUGUCGGACGGAAGUGCCCUCCAAACGGAGGGCCGUCGAAUCCAUCGAGGAUGAGGGAGAACAAUCCAUCUCGUAUACACGGACAGUGUCGCUGGGCUCGAGAAGACAACUAUGCGUGAAUGAGACUAUCCGCGCCAAGUUCGUGGAUAUCGACGAGGGCUGCCGGGCCCUCAUGGAAGAGAAGGAGGACAAGCGAUGUCAGUACUUGUCUAAAGUUGGCGACGAGGGCCGGAUGCAUGAUUUUCGAGACCAGAUUCUGGCUUCUCCCAAAGACAUCGAAGAUCUUGCUUCUGCGGGUCGGCUUGCGCAGACAUGUCCGUAUUUUGGAUCAAGACAGGCCAUUCCUCAAGCGGAACUGGUCACAUUGCCGUACAACCUGCUGUUGCAGAAAUCUGCCAGGGAGGCCCUGGGGAUUGACCUAAGCGGCCAGAUCGUCAUCAUUGACGAAGCUCACAACCUGAUCCCAACUCUUCUAUCACUUUCGACGACAAAGCUAGGCCUGUCCACGCUCAGCAAAGCAUUGUUUCAAUUGGCGACCUACGUUUCCAAAUUCAAGACAAGACUUGGGGCUACACAUCUCUUGCAUCUCAAACGCCUAGUCACGUUUUUGGAGGCUCUGCAAACGUACCUACUCGCGUGGAAGAAUCCUGGGCUCAGCGAAAAGCCGGACCAAACGAAGAGCGAGAUCUUGACUGCGACGCAGCUGGUUGAUCGGCUCGGUCGCUCCGUCAGCGGCAUCAACCUCCUGGAAAUUGAGUCGUAUCUCAAAUCCAGCAAGAUUGCGCGCAAGAUCUCUGGUUACUCAGACAAGCAAGCGGAGAAGGCAGAUCCUAGUCUACGUCGCAAGCCAGGGGCAGUCCCGCCCCUACAUGCGGUGGAGGCCUUUCUCUUGUCAUUGACAGGCGCAAGUCAAGAUGGGCGCGUCAGUCUUACGCUUGUGCGCGAUGAAGUGGAACUCAAGUAUCAGCUGCUCAACCCGGCACCGCAUUUCAUGGAGGUGGUCGAAUCUGCCCGCUCGGUGGUGCUGGCGGGAGGAACCAUGUCGCCCAUCUCAGAUGUAAUCCACCAACUAUUCUACCAGCUUCCCGCCGAAAAAGUAACCAGUUUCUCGUGCGGCCAUAUAAUCCCAGAAUCCAAUCUCAAGACUAUUGUCGUCAGCAAAGGCCCGCGCGGUGGCGAGCUGGAAUACAAAGCCGGCAAGCAGAGUAAUGAGAGUGUGGUCGACGAACUCGGGCAGAUGCUGUUCAACUUUGCCAGCCUGAUUCCAAAAGGGAUGGUGGUGUUCUUCCCUUCGUACAACUUCCUCAAUCUGGCAAAAGCUGCUUGGAGAAAGAGCGGGAUACUGACACGGCUGGAAGGGAAGAAACAGGUGUUCUUCGAGCCAGAGCAGACUAUCCAGGUGGAUCAAGUGUUGCAGGACUAUGCUGAUGCUGUUUCCGGGGGCAAGGGUGCUCUGCUCUUUGCAGUGAUCGGUGCAAAACUGUCGGAAGGGCUCAACUUCACGGACGAUCUCGCUCGGGCGGUGAUCAUCAUCGGGCUUCCUUUCGCCAAUCUGGGUUCGAUCGAGCUGAAGGAGCGCAUGAGGUAUGUCCAGGAACUGGAGCGACAGAGGGGUACGAAGCCUGCUCCUGGGCGCAAAGAUGCUGGCGCAGAGUUGUACGAGAAUCUGUGCAUGAAUGCGGUAAAUCAAAGUAUCGGUCGGGCGAUCAGACAUCGAAAUGACUGGGCAGCGUUGAUUUUGCUGGAUAGUCGAUACAAGUCGACCUCCAUCCGCUCCAAGCUGCCCAAAUGGAUCGGCGGGAGCUUGACUGCUGCUGAGAGUUUUGGCCCGGUCAUUAAAGAUCUCGGGGCUUUUUAUAGGAGUAAAAGAGGUUGAGCCUUGAGGGGGUCACUUCAAGAUUGCAUCCGUUAUCAGUAUUGCAGUCGAAGAUCAGUCUUAUCUAAUCGCGAGUGACUUGAAGACGACGACCAUGAUCACGGUGGAGAUAUUCGACGACAAGAAUCCCGAGCACCGUGCGCUGGGACCUAGUUUCGUGGAGAUCCACAUCGCCUGCAUCGAGACCGACCACACGAUCGCGACAUUCCUGCCACCGUUCAAACGCGACGUCAUGCUCGAAUGGUGGAACGACCGCCUCGCCGAUGCAGCGAGCGAGAAGCGGAUUAUUUUUAUGGCGUUCUCGGAAAACGAAUUUGCUCAAAGGGUGCUUGCGGGAUAUGUGAUGUUGUCCCGGCCCCUCACGGACACCGGGCCGUUUCGCGGCGGGGUCGAAAAGCUGCUGGUCUCCCCGGACUUCCGAAGACAGGGCAUCGCUAGGAGGCUCAUGGCGAAGCUGGAGGAGGUGGCUCUCAUGCGCGGUCAAACUCUGUUGACAUUAGACACGGAAACAGGCAGUCCAGCCGAAUCGAUCUAUCCGCGACUAGGGUAUACACAGGUGAGCAGGAUGUUACACAAUUCUCCGUGGUAAGAACUGCCAAGUGAUGCUAUUGUCAUCUGCCAGCUGGGUAUCAUCCCCAACUUCUGCAUCAGUCCGGUCGAUGGCUCUCUGAUCGCUGGCACGUUUUUCUGGAAACAGCUGUAGUUCAGAGCUUGGCGCGGAUCUGGUCCGCUAGCGCCGACGCGUCGUCGUCUAAUUCGCUCCUGCCUGCGAACUCGAGUCGAUGCAUCUGUCGCUGAGUCAAAGGCUGGGUCGUAGACGAGUAGCUCAGCGGGUCGUCGAAUUUGGGGGCGGGGAUGACGUGGUAGUGCACCUGAACAUAGGGAUUGAGACCGGACGCGUUUGUCUGUUUGCUCGUUUGAGAAACUCACAUGGGGAACGGCUUGGGCAUACUCUUGAUUGCACACGACAUUCAAACCGGUGUGAUCCAGAGCUAGAUGCAUACGGCCUCAGACUAGGACGGGGGCGGUAUCUUGUAUGCGACACACACCGACAGUGAGCGCGUGAGCGACCUUGGUGACGGCUUCCCCUAUAGCUGAAGCGAAUUCGGGAGGUAGUUCGGAUAGACGGGAAUAGUGAGCCUUAGGCACGACCAGAGUGUGUCCUCGUCUAAGUGGAAGGAUGUC